CUGUCCGGUCUGAAACAUUCUUACGGCUUGUCUGUCAGAGAAAACCCUUCGACUGUCUUCCAUAUCUGUUCUGUUCUGUGGAAGACUGACUUGAUCGACGCCUUCCCUCCAUAUAAGAUGUAUAUGUGCUCCUUAGUUCCCCGUCUCUCCAGUUGAAAUUCUCCCGUUUAUCAGCGUCGAGAUCUUGCUUACCUCCUGACAUCUGCUGCUGCUGCUACUAUUGCUUCGCUGUUUGACUUCCAAUAUACCCCGUUCAGUCGCUGUGAUUCCGCCCCCUAUCCGGACGGCGUGGCUCUCUACAGCAUGGCGAGGUUCAACAUAGACAACUUAGUUCCCCCAGUACCCCCUGUUCCUCCGGUCCCUCCUCUUCAUCACCAGCCUGCCCAGGCAAGCGAGGCUCCUCGUAUGAUGCCCGUUAACCUACAAGGCCAAGUGAGCCCUGAAUACUUAGUCAACCCCAUGAGCCGGAUUCAUGUGCAGACCGAAAAGGCUUCCGGCGAAAACAUCCAACAGCCAGAAGACUUAGCUGCCAUGGGUGCCCUCGAUGCUGGUGCCCCUUUGUUCUACCUGGGGUACACCUUCUUCAAAGCCAACCCCACCCUCGGCAAGAAGAGCACCUGGAGCCAGGUCGAGAGGGCGAAAAUGCACCUGAGCCAGUCGAUCUUGACCAACAUGGUGGUUAACCGGAAAAAGAAGUUUCCCGUGGCUGAGCAAUACCAUUCUUUAUCCAAAGCGAAGCGUGCACAUGUCGACCAAUUGAUCCACGAGCUCAGAACCAGGGCGCCCCGAUUUGAAUGGACUUGUGUUUAUGUGAAGGAGGACGAGAAGCCAUUCAAGGGCAAGAACUCUCGACGCGGUGACUAUGAGACGGUCUCGCUCGAGGUUAUCAUCCUGAGGAAGGCCGCAAACCUAGUAUAUCCCAGAGUCUUGGUGGACGAGCCCGUGGAGAAAGUCAUCCCUACUCGAGAGACGUUCCAGCUUCCUACCAAUCAUGUCCAAUUCAACAUGGAACCCAAGAUCACUCAGCCUGUUCCGCCCACCGAGCCGCUUCCCAGACAACCGGGGCCUGCGGUCCAUCAAGGACCCGCGCCAACAAGCAUGCCGAAUAUUCAGCAGCCACAGCCAUCCAAGCCGAAUCAUCAGCCUCAACCCCCACCAACCUCACACCCUUUCCCGAUAGGGGUACAACGGCCUACACCUCCAGAACAAUGGGCAACUUGGGCACAGCAGGGAAUGUCGGCUGCCAUGCACACUCAGCAUCGUCCUUCAGUUGGAUUCCAUGACCCUGCGACCCCUAUCGCAAACCAUGGUCCCCAGCAUAAGAGCAUCCCACAAAUGUCGGCCAUGUGGAAUGAUCCCCGGGGCGGUCCCGUUGCACAGGGUAUGGCUCAUCGAGGUCCCAGCCUGCGUAUCUCGCCCAACCCAUUGCAAGAACCUCCUGAGAUGCAGGGGCUGGGUAAGACCAAGAUUCAUACCCCCACGCAUACGAAGCUCGACCAUACCAAAGCGGGAAUACCCUUUGCGGGGCCGGAGGUAGAGAUGGGGCUCGAUUCAAGCAGUGUGGGCGAUGGCGAGUCUGUAUUUGAGAUUGACGACGAUGGUUCAACGACUGAGGAGUCUGAUGAGGAGUCCGAAAUUGAUGAGAACCCUCAGCCGUGGCGGGGUAGUCUCUACCGUCGACAUUCAACCUCCGGAGCCAAACAAGGUUAUCGAACCCACUAUCGAAAGCAGCCUCAGAGAAGUAACUUGGCUCAGGGGACUGGUCGCAGUGGUUACCCUGCUGGUUCAGUCGAUGUAGUCCCCGCCAAGAGCAGUCCCACCGACCCGAGGGUCAUCCCCAGCCGCGAAGUGACACGGCCGGCCCGAGAUCGGCCUAAGAUAAUCCAGGCGCCUGCUCCUCCCGAGGCAGUGGACAUGGAGCAACUGCUGGAUGAGAGGAUUGGAAGAUACACUGGAGGACGCGUGCGAAACGACAUUCGAACGCGGAUGUUGGACGAUCGGGAAGCCCGACUGGAGCGUCGCGAGAGACUGUUAGAUCUCAAAGCGCGGGUGCUGGAGGAGGAACUGGACAGUGCGUGUUACAUACCCCGACGCCUGUCACUCCGGGACUCAGGGUCAUUUUAUCCUCGUCGAUAUCAUUCCUACCUUUGACGAUGUUUAUUUAUCAGGAUUGUCGGGGGGGAGGGGGGAGUUGUUUUGGUCCGGUUAUGUUCUCCGUUUAAUUUUCGGGCGUUUCCUCGGGUGAGUGAGGGAUGUGGGUAUACUCUAACGUCAUUGCAGCGGAGGUGUGCUUGGGAAGGGUGGGCAGACAGUGGUUUCAAUACCAAGAAUACCAAUUUGUUUAUUGAUGCAUGUCAAUUCAAUUGAUGCGUAUGCAUUGAGGGAUGUAGGAGAGGAGACAUGCAGGUCACGCGGGUCAUUGCCCCAAGCCA